AUGACUCUUCAAGACUUGGUGCAUCAGGCUGCCUCCACAUAUUCGGAUAAAAUAGCUGUAUGUUUUGACGAAUGUAACAACCAGCCUCCAGUUUAUUAUACCUACAAGACUGUGGUUAAUGCUGCUUUAGAAUUGUCAAAUUUCCUACUAUUACACUGUGACUUUAAAGGAAUACGGGAAAUUGGUCUUUGCUGCCAUCCUGGGAUAAACUUACCCUCUUGGAUUUUAGGGAUUCUCCAAGUCCCUGCUGCUUAUGCUCCUAUUGAUCCAGAUUCACCACCAGCAUUAUCAACUUAUUUUAUGAAAAAAUGUGCUCUAAAGUAUAUCCUUGUUGAAAAACAACAAAUUAAUAAAUUCAAAUCUUCCUAUGAAACAUUAUUGAACUUUGAUACAUUUACAGUAGAACAUAACGACCUAGUACUCUUCAGACUUAACUGGAAAAAUGUUGAGGGAAGCUUGAUACUAAAGGAUAGAAAAAAGAAAUAUGAAAAAGAAAAAACGACAAACAGCAGAUCUGAGAACAGCAAUGAAGAAAAGUCAGAGUACAUGGAUGUGAGACUAGAGCAUUGCUUGGCUUAUGUUCUCCAUACAUCAGGCACUACAGGGACACCUAAGAUUGUCAGAGUCCCUCAUGCAUGUAUAGUGCCAAACAUCCAGCAUUUUCGGGUACUUUUUGAGAUCACACAAGAAGAUGUUUUGUUUCUGGCUUCACCUCUGACCUUUGAUCCUUCUGUUGUGGAAAUAUUUGUUACUCUAUCAAGUGGUGCUUCUCUGCUUAUUGUACCAGCUUCUGUCAAAGUACUGCCAUCAAAAUUAGCGGCUGUUCUCUUUUCCCAUCACAGAGUGACAAUUUUGCAGGCAACACCAACAUUGUUUAGAAGAUUUGGGUCUCAGCUUAUCAAGUCAGCUGUUUUAUCAGCCAGUACUCCUCUUCGAGUAUUAGCUCUUGGUGGCGAAGCAUUUCCAUCAUUGACUGUUCUCAAAAGCUGGAGAGAAGAAGGCAAUAAAACGCAAAUAUUUAAUGUUUAUGGUAUCACAGAGGUAUCAAGUUGGGCAACUUUUUACCGGAUUCCAGAGAAGAUCCUUAAUUCUACUUCUAAAUGUGAAUUGCCUGUUCAGCUGGGAUUUCCACUGCAUGGAACAGUAGUUGAAGUCAGAGAUACUAAUGGUUUCACAAUUCAAGAAGGCAAUGGCCAAGUAUUUUUAGGUGGCAGAAACAGAAUUUGUUUUCUUGAUGAUGAAAUGACAGUACCACUUGGUACAAUGCGAGCCACAGGAGAUUUUGUGACUGUGAAAGAUGGAGAGAUAUUUUUCUUGGGACGAGAAGACAGUCAGAUCAAACGUCAUGGCAAACGUCUUAACAUUGAAUUUGUGCAACAGGUUGCUGAAGGACUUCAGCAAGUGGAAUCUUGUGUAGUUACAUGGUAUAAUCAGGAGAAAUUAAUUCUGUUCAUGGUGCCAGAAGAAAAUUUAGUGAAGGAUUACAUCUUUAAAGAGCUUCAAAAACACCUCCCAAGUCAUGCAAUCCCGGAUGAGCUUGUAUUGAUUGAUUCUCUACCAUUUACAUCUCAUGGCAAAAUUGAUGUUUCUGAGUUAAACAAGAUUUACUUAAACUACAUAAACUUGAAGUCUGAAUGUAAGCUCAGCGGAAAAGAGGAGCUUUGGGAAAACUUACAGCAUUUGUGGAAGUGUGUUCUGAGUCUCUCAGAAGAUCCUUUGAAGGUUCCUGAUGACUCACUCUUCCUAAGCAGUGGUGGAGAUUCCUUUAAGUCUAUACGGCUCCUCAGUGAGAUUGAAAAACUUGUUGGCACAUCCAUACCUGGGCUUCUGGAAAUUAUUCUUAGCAGUUCUAUUUUAGAGAUUUACAAUCACAUCCUUCAAACAGUGUUUCCAGAUGAACAUCUGACACUUAUCAAGAAUUAUGCCACAAAAAGAAAAUUCAGCAACGUUAAUCAAGAGGAACCCAAUGGAAAAUCUUUACAUCAAAAAUCUGUCAUACCUUUAAAUUAUGACAAUGAGAGAACUGCUUUUAUUGCACUGAGCAGAGGGGGUCAGAUUUUAUCUAUGAAUACUGCUCUGAAUACGACUAAGUUAGGACAUUGCCCUUCAGUCUAUUCUAAUGAUUUAAUUUCACAGACAAAUAGUAAACACAUGAAAAGCUUAAAUCCUUCAGCUCUUACUGGGGAGUCAAAAGAUCCAUCCUGUGUUGCAGAAGUUUCUGAAGAGGGACCACUUCUGACAGGGACAGAAAAAAUGGAGUUACGUGUGAGGUGGAGGUCAGACACAGGGAAAUGUGUGGAUGCGUCACCUCUAGUUGUAAUACCAGCUAUUGAUAAGUCAUCUGCAACUGUGUACAUUGGGUCCCAUUCUCAUAGAAUGAUGGCAGUUGACCUUUACUCUGGAAAGGUGAAAUGGGAACAGAUUUUGGGAGGUCGAAUUGAAUCUUCAGCAUGUGUAUCUAAGUGUGGAAACUUUAUUGUAGUGGGCUGUUAUAAUGGGUUAGUUUAUGUUCUGGAAAGUAAUAGUGGAGAAAAAUACUGGACAUUCACCACUGAGGAUGCUGUCAAAAGCUCGGCAACUAUGGAUCCAACCACAGGAGUCUUUUACAUUGGAUCUCAUGACCAGCAUGCAUAUGCUUUGGAUAUUUAUAAAAAGAAGUGUGUUUGGAAGUUAAAAUGUGGAGGAACUGUCUUCUCUUCUCCUUGUUUGAGCCUGCUUCCACAUCAUUUGUAUUUUGCUACACUGGGAGGACUUUUACUAGCUGUAAAUCCUGCCACAGGGAACAGAGUUUGGAAACAUUCCUGUGGAAAACCACUCUUCUCCUCUCCACAGUGUUGCCUACAGUAUAUUUGUAUUGGCUGUGUAGACGGGAAUUUACUCUGCUUUACUCACUUUGGAGAACAGGUUUGGCAUUUCUCUACCCGUGCACCAAUUUUUUCAUCCCCAUGUACUUCAGCAUCAGAGCAAGAAAUAUUUUUUGGUUCCCACGAUUGCUUUAUCUACUGUUGUAGUAUGAAUGGUCACCUCCAGUGGAAAUUUGAAACUACGUCAAGGGUGUAUGCAACACCAUUUGCUUUCCAUUACUGUAAUUAUAGCAAUGAAAUGUUUCUGGCAGCAGCAUCUACUGAUGGUAAACUGUGGAUCUUGGAAUCUAAGAGUGGACAGUUGCAAAGUGUAUAUGAACUUCCUGGAGAAGUUUUCUCAUCUCCUGUGGUCUGGGAAUCAAUGCUCAUUAUUGGAUGUAGAAAUAAUUAUGUUUAUUGUCUGGAUUUAUUGGGUGGCAAACAAAAAUAAUCAAGUGCAGUCGCUAUUAAAAUAUAUCUUAAAUGUUUAAAAAUAUUUUGCCACCAGGGAGCAUGUAGUCUUGUUUUACACUAAAGAUUAUGUUUGCUUAAGAAACUUGUCUAUUAUAUUUUACUGGAGAAUAACCUAUUUUAUUUAUUGUAGGAGCAACAAAAACUUUUUAAAGUUACAGAACAAAAUAUCAGUGUAUUCAGGAGCACUUUCUUUUAAUUUAGGCUAUAGAUAAUAUACUUUGGAGUUUUGUUUUUGUUUUUAUUUUUUUAUAGAAGACUUCUGUGAAGAUGAUGAUCACAUAUACUCAGUGGGUUAAAAACAGUCUGUGAUAUAAUAUAAUAUAUAUUCACUCAUUUACAGAGAUCCACACAAAAGAUUUUCAAAGGAAGGAUGUAUUUAUCAAAUUAGUUUACUUAUUUAGUAUUUUUAGAUGAACAAAAUACCAAUAUUGAAUUAUAUUUAUAAUACACACUGUAGUUUCAAGUUGAUAUAACCUCUUUUUUCAACUUUUGAUAAUCUUUGGUGAAUAUUUUUAUACCUGUUUCUCCAUUUACUUGAUUUUGGUGUUGUAACACCUUUUGUUGUUCAGUGGCUUGGAGAUAGGGAACACAGUGAAAACUGGAAAAGGGAAAAAAAACCUCUAUAAAGUAUCAUGAUUUCUCAUGUUUACCAUUUUGGACUGAAACUGCUUUUCCAGUCCCACAGCAGUUUGCUUAUCCAUGCAUUUGCCUGGUAUUAAGUUAUCCCUGUGAACUGUACUUCCUCCUGGUAGCCAUGCCCUUUGUGCAGUCCCCUUCUCUUACACCUGGGCUGGGCCUAUGGUUUGCUUUAACCAACAGAAUGCAGUGGAAGUGGCACUGUGCACUUCGGAGCCUAAGCUCUAAGAAGGCCUGGCUUUUGUGGGAUCCCUGAGCUGCCACGUAAGUCUGCCAUCCUGCUGGAGGGUCUGUGGUAAGGGAGUGGCUCUGAUACUAACAGCACUGAGAACCAAGGAAACCAGUUCACAGUGAAGCUAUGGCCCCAGCUUGCCAGCCAACCCCUAGCUGUUCAGCAGUCCUGGUAUUGGACAUUUAAUUCUUUACCCACAGAAUCAUGAGAAAUAAUAAAAUGGCAAUUUUUUUAAGCCACUAAGUUUUAGGGUAGUAUGUUAUGCCACAAUGCAUCACUGCAACAGAAGCAUUGUGUCACUUAAAAUACUCAGCAGAUGGAAAAUAGAUGGAAAAAUAAAUGUCUCAGUAUUCCUAGUUUUCCUUGAAAUUUCAUGAUAUAAUAGUUCAGGUAAUAAAAUACCCCUGUUUUUGUAUGAUAAUCAGGAAUUUGGAUGCUAGUGGUAGUAAUAACAACAGUGACUAUUUAGGGCAUGUUACAUCCCAGACACUGUGCUAAGCUCUUAAAGUAACAGAAGUGCACUCUGUUGCCGACCUGUCCCCUAACUGUUCAGUCAACUGUGGUAUCGUUUCAUUUAUCCACUUAUUUGUCAGUAAAGCUUCAAAUACCAAACAUGCCAGAGUUCUUGGCUGCAAAUUAGAGAAGCUGGCUCAGGCUAUUUUAAGUAGAAGAUAAUUUUUAAAAACAAUAUUGAAUAGUUUAGAAAACUGUGAAGAGGGCCAGAACUAUAAGCCAGGAACAAUGAAUGUCUGAAAUCACUGAUUUUGGCCUGGGGAAGACACCACUACUGUCCUUGAAGCCCCAAACACUCAGCUUAAAGCUGAUACACUGGACACCUUCCCACCACUGCCAGCCGUCCUCUCAGUUCCCCAACUCUGCUCAUUUGCGCCCGGAUCAUAGUCCCUCCAAUUCGAAGUGGAACAGGUUCCAUGCCUGUGAGAAAGUAUAGAAAGCGCAUCAUAGGAAUUUCCCUGCCUCCUACCAAGACUCCUGAGCUGGAGAUUUCCCCAGAUAUAGAAAGGGAAAUUUCAGCAUGCUGGCUGGCCAAAAGAAAUGACCCAUCUUGGUUUUAGUGCUUCUUAAACCUUAAUGUCUGUACUAACCUGGAGCUCUUGCUAAAAUGCUAACUGCUCCUGAGAGGGCUGGGAGUAGGGUGCUCUGCUUGAGCCAUAGUGGAGCCUGAGGUAAAAGAAGUCGGUAGUACUGAUCCUGCUUUUGUUUACAUUUUGGUAUUUGUUCACCAUGAAAUUUUCACUCAUUUUGGUAUUUUAAAAUACUACAUUAAUGUAGUAUUCAUCUUGAUGACUGAGUUUUUUGAUAUCUGGAGUGCCUCACAUCAUUUUGCCCUGUCUGGCCCUGUGAGUCAGUCGGUCAGGCCUGGGGCUCUGAGCUGCAUUUUCACACGCUGCUGUCAGAUCAGAGUUCCUGCCCAUGCCGCUGUUUUACGGCCCACACACUAAGGAGGCAGUAGGAUCAUUUUGUCUGACACACAGACCAUUCACUUCCACUUUAGAAUUGAGAUAAACAUUUUAUUUGCCCCUUUUCAUGAUUUUUCUCUAAAAAUUCCUAGAGUGAAAAAUAUAAUGUACCAUAUAAAAUGCCUCAAUUUUUCUUUCCCAAUAAAACUCUGUAAAUAUGA